UUGGCUCCGCCUGUCUGACACGAUCUAGUUCUGCAGGUUUCUUGGUUAUGUCGACUAAGUUUUGACAGUUGAUCAGUUCAAGGUCACAUUUCUGUAAGCUGUUCUGUGGCAUCUUCUACAAUUUUUAACAAAUGCAUCUUUAUGCCAAAUUACUGUUACUGUGCAGCAUAGUCGUCGCGUUCAUUGCUGUUCAAUGGAGUGCUACGUCGUUUAAUGAGGAGUCUUUGAAAGGUGCCCGGGUGUUGGUGACCGGUGCCAGCACUGGCAUCGGCGAGCAGUUGGCGUACCAAUACGCCCGUUUGGGAGCCCAACUCGUUAUCACGGCGAGGAGAGGAAAUGUCCUAGAAGAGGUUGUGCGCAAGUGCCUGGAAAUGGGGGCUCAAAAGGCCGUUUUCAUCCCCGCGGACAUGGCGAGUCCGCCCGAUGCCGAGCGUGUGGUGCAGUACGCCAUCGAACAGCUCGGGGGGCUGGAUUUCCUGGUUCUGAACCACAUUGGGCCCAGUCCGUUCAGUAUGUGGAAUGGAGAUGUGGAGCAUACGCGAUGGCUGCUACAGGUGAAUUUUCUCAGUUACCUACAAAUGGCUCAGAAAGCUUUGCCGACACUUGAAAAGAGUAAAGGAUCGAUAGUUGUUGUUUCCUCCCUUCUAGGGAAAAUGUGCAGCCCCUUCACUUUACCAUAUGCCGCAACUAAGUUUGCCCUCAACGGUUUCUUUGGAGGCCUUCAGCAUGAGCUGGCAAUGCAAAAAAGCAAUGUGUCCAUAACCAUCUGCAUACUUGGACUGAUCGACACAGAUAGUGCUAUGGAGAAAAUCAAAGGAUACAUCAAUAUGACCGCCUACCCUGCACAUGAGUCCGCCCGGCACAUUAUCGAAGCUGGAGCAUCUCGACAGCCUGAGGCAUUUUACCCCUGGUACACCUUCUACGCCUGUCUCUUCAGGGAUUGGUUCCCCUACUACAGAGAUCUUGCAAUUCAAAAUUCCUACACAUAUGAUACAUAAGUUCAUACAGAACUAAUUACUGAAAGCUGAUAGUGCCUUUGCAAUCCAUGUGUGGAGAAGUGCAUUAUGAGUGCAUGAGCUCUGAAAGAACAAGCCCUGGGGACAGUUGCAUAAACAUAUAGCCAUUAAGUUAAAGAACAACUCUGCAUGGCGCACAAUGAACCUUUGGUCUAAUAACACAUUGGUACCUUGUCGACCGUUCUCUGAGAUUUGUUUUCAUGAUAAUCGAACUGUUUAGUGUAUAACUCUACUAUAUAGGGCAUAGAGUAAUGAAAAAUAAAAAUCGCUAGUUAAUACCACUAACAAGUUCUCAUUUAAGACUGUGCCUUAACAACUAUGACCAACUAGCAGUUGGUUAGGUUUUAUCAGUCUUAUGUUUCAUUAUCAAAUUAGACUGAUCUACUUUUUAUUUUAUGUAACUGACUUAAAAUAAAACUUUUGAGAACCUGUUGUGAAAUUUAGACUAUUGAUUAAAGUGUUUUAUAGUACAUUAUCAAAGAAUUAUUGCAGCUGUGAGGAUUAAAAGUGUUUAUAAACUUUAAUUAUUAUUUUUUUUUUUUAAUUUUAACAUGUCUGUUCAAAACUGUGUGACCUUUUUUUGGAAGAAGCUCUUUGGUAGUUUGUAUCGUCUGAAACAUUCCCUGGGUUUUCUCCAUUGCUGUAAAGCACUCUGAACUUACCUCAUGUUUUCUUAUCAGUGACACCUGACCACAACUAAUAUCACAAUAAAGACUUUACACUAAA